AUGCUUCAUAUCCUGCUCCUCAGCCUGCACCUUGUUCUGGGGGGUGCUCAGACUCUGCCAGGAUCCUGCAGCUUCGAGAACAGCACCUGUGGCUACGUGUCAGACCCCUCCCUCUCAAAAUGGGCCCUGAACCAGGACGGGCGCUUUAUGGCAGUGGAUGGGCCGCUGGCGGAGGGCAGAGAGAGGGCGGUGAUGGUCAGUCCAGAGCUGGAGAUGCUGGAAUGGAGCUGCCUCAGGCUGGUGUACCAGAUCUCUGGGGCUGGGUCCCUGCAUCUCCACCUGCGGCCAGAGGGGGGCACCUUCGACCACACCCUGUGGAGCACUCACACGGCCUCAGACCAAUGGCUUGUGGCCAGCCUCGACCUGUGGAACACCUCCGCUUCCUAUAAGAUGGUGCUGGUGGGUAGACUUGAUGGUGGGGAAAAUAACUGCGUGUCCAUCUUUGAAAUUCAAAUCGUUCCUGGGUACUGUAUGGAGUGUAACUUUGAAGACCCAGAUAUGUGUGGCUACAGGAACCAGUGGAACCCCAGUGUAAAUUGGUAUAUAGGUGGGCCCAACAAAGAACCCCAGUCUGACACAAGCUCCUGGACAGGUCACUACAUGUACGUGGAUUCCACGUACGCUAGCAAGCCACAGGAAGUGGCCAGACUGGUGUCUCCCAUGACAACGGUGCCGUUGUCUGGAUGUUUGUCGUUUUACUACAUGCAGAGCCGGGAUGGAGGGAGCCAGUUCUCAGUCUUCACCAGAGACACUCUGGGACAGGGGGAGGAGGUCUGGAGGCCUGGGAGCUUCCAAAACUCAGACUGGACCCUGGUGCAACUGGACAUGAAGGCCCCAUACCCCCUGGAGGUGGUGUUUGAAGCAGCCUUUAGUACUGCCAGUGGGGGACGGGUGGCACUUGAUAACAUUACCUUUUCUGCAGAGUUCUGCAAUGCUGAAACAGAGCCAACCUUUGACCCCUCCAUUGCCAGCUGUGAUUUUGAGUCGGGGUUCUGUGGUUACCAGCAGGCCCAGACAAGCAGCUCUCUAUGGAAGAGAGUGUCGGUCAAACCCAACCUUUACAGAACAGGGGACCACACUACUGGCGCCGGGUGGUUCCUUCUGGCAAACACACGCUUCUCCUCGCAGUCGGGAUACGUGAGCCGGCUGUUUGGGCCCAGGGUGCCGGGUCGGCUGAAGUACUGCCUGAGGUUCUACUACUCCUUGGCUGGGUUCGUCAAGGCGGGCAGCGCUCUGGCUGUUUACACCGUCCACAAGGACAGCCUCGUCCAGGAGAAACUCUGGACAGGCAGCAGGACCACAAAGGAUGUCUGGACUGAAGUGGACAUCACCUUUCAGAGAGCCCAAGCUGUCACAGUGGUGUUUGUCAGUGUGUGUAAGAACUUCUGGGACUGCGGCACAGUUGCUCUAGAUGACAUCAGCAUGACCCUGGGGGACUGCUCUCUCUCCCCAGGCUCCUUCCUGUCCUCUGGCCACUGUGACUUUGAGACCGGCGACUGUGGGUACACUCAGGAAAAAGCAGUUGACACGGAUGACUGGGUGCUGGCGAAAGGGCCAACGCCCACCUCCUACACUGGACCAAUGGGGGAUCACAACACAGGGAUGGGGCAUUACAUGUACCUUGAGGCAUCACCCAUGUUGGCGGGGCAGAAUGCCCGUCUGGCCUCUGCCGAUCUCCGUGGUUCCAGGAGCCCGCAGUGCCUGCAGUUCCACUACCACAUGUUUGGGUCGGGAAUAGGCAGGCUCAGCGUGUACCUGCACCAGGAGGAGGGAGAUCAAGAACUGGCACUGUGGAGCAGACAAGGGGAGCAGAGUAUCUCCUGGUUAAGGGCUGAAGUGGAUUACCAAUGCAAUGGCAAACACCAGAUUGUAUUUGAAGCGGUGAGGGGACCCUCAAUAAGGAGUGAUAUUGCGAUCGAUGACAUCAUGUUUAAAACGGGGCCAUGCAGAGUUACGGGACACACAGCUCCACAGGCAGGAUUCUCUGAAAACUUCAAUGACAUCGAGCCCUGAGUGUGACACAGCUGAUAAAAUAUUAAUAAUUAAUAAUGUAGGACUGACUCUUAUCCCCCUUACCUCUGUGUGCCUGUGAGCAGAGUUUCAGAGGGAGGGUAGGUGGAAUAGAUAUGAUAUGACAUUCCCUCCCAUACGGAGGCAAUAUUCCCUUUACCACAGCUGGAAAAACUGUAUUUUCUAAAGCUUUUUCAUUGCCUGAAGCUGGUACUAACUGUGUCAUUGACAUGGCCUUGGCAUCAAGAUGACAGGUUAUGUUUUUUAUAUUGACAAAAAUGUCUCCCAUUCACUUCUUGCUAACAUGCUAUUCCUCUCUCUUACUACUUGCCUAUAUCUUGUUCCUCUCUUUCACGUCCGGGCAGUUCUCUUCCUGGCACACUUCUAGCCCACACUCUCUUCCUCUGACCCUCAGUUUGUAAUUUCUGCAGAUUUCAGCUUCCUAUUGCUUCGGACCCAGGAAAUACAAUAAAUCUACACCUACAUAAAAAUAGACACUAUCUAUAAUGCUUUUAGUGUGGUCCAGCACGCAAAAGAAUCAUAUCUUUAGAAUGACAACUAAUACAGAAAAGGUGAUGCUGUAUUUCUACUGCUCAGCAUAUUUUUGACACCGUGCUAAAGUAUUGGCAUUUCAGAUUUUUCUAAGCUGUUUUUAACUUCACUAGUAUUGACUAGUCCAUGACAGUCAAUAGAUCAUGCAUUUUUGUUCGUGGCAUUUAAAAGGACACAAUAAAUAUAAUUUCUGAAAAAGCAAACAGAACAAACCUUCACAAAAUUGAUAGUCAUGCAGUUGCCUACCAUUCUUUGUGACAAUCCAUAUUUUAUCAGUUUGUGAAUGAAAAUCCCAGAUCCAUGAACACAGUGGUCUCACACGCAGGGCCAUGGAGCGCUGUGUGUGUGCUGGUCUCAAACUCAGUGGUUUGUCCACUGUCAAACCUCCCAGUUCUGCUGCAUCUGAUGACUGUUACAAAUUAACCUGCGUCAUCCACUAUCCAUUACUACCCGACCACUGCAAUAUGAAACUGUAUUUUCAUUCUAAAAAUAAACAAUACUUAUAUUUACCUGUUGUUAAUGCCAACACUAAUCCAGACCUGUGAAUAGCACUGUGUGUGUCAAAUUAACUUGAGUCCAUAUAGUGCAUUUCAUGGAAUCUAUUCUGCAUACACCGUUUCGGUGGAUACUGUAUGACCCUGAUCAUAAUGCAGUACUGCCACCUAGUGGGAUGGUAACUGACUC